UCCUAUUCCGUUCCAUUCAUCCAUCAGUCUAAGUCAAGCUUAAACUAAAUCAAUCACAAUGGCUAUCAACCUAUUUUGCUUCUUGCUACUUUCCAUCCUCAUCCUCAUCGAUGCAGCACCAACUUCAACUCAAAGUCUCUCCGAAAGAGACACACAAGCAGUAACAUGCAGCAACACAUUCAUGCAAUCCACUCUCACCAAAUACCUCACCACGCACCCCAACUGGACCAUAACCUUUAACCGCACCGCCGUCACCGAAACCACCGACGCCGUCCUCGCGAGCGUAACACCCGUCCGAACAAACCUCUGCAGUUUCUCCGUCAACGUCAAGCCUUCCGACUCCACCAACACGUUUAACUUUGAGCUCAUGCUCCCCCAACUCUCGCAAUGGAAUCACCGUUUCUUGACGCUCGGGAACUCUGCUUUUUCUGGAGCUAUCAAUCGAUAUCAUGUCGCGAACGGGCUGGCGAAUGGGUAUGCUAGUAUGGGGACCGAUACUGGACAUGGGAGUAGCACCGACCAAGGCGACGAGAGCUGGGCCACGAACGCGGAUAAGAGGCUUGAUUGGGCGUACCGAGCUAUGGACCGAUCGAUUGACCUUGCUAAAGUGAUGGUUUCGGCGUACUAUGGUGGUUCGACUAUCAACUAUUCGUACUACAGUGGAUGUAGUACCGGAGGACGACAGGGCCUCAAGCAGGUCUCGGUCAACCCGGAGUCAUUUGAUGGGAUUCUGAUCGGGGCCCCAGCUUGGGAUGAAAAGCAUUUGAUGGGGUGGAUCACGAUGAUCACGGAUGCGGACUAUGAGGCUGGGGCGGACACCCUUACUACAGCUGAUUUUCAGCUUAUUGAUUCCUUCGUCAUGGCAUCUUGCCAAGACACUCAGGGGUAUCCUACCAAUGACGGCAUCAUUAUCAACUCGAAUGUGUGCAAUACUACACUCAACUGGAACAGUUCGCUGAUCAGGUGUGCGAGCACUGGACAGCAGAAUUGUCUAGAUGACAACAAGAUCGCUGUUGCGAAGAAACUCACUUUUGACGCAUACACGAGCUACACCACCAACAGGGGCGGACUUCUCUUCCCCGGGUACUUUCCUGGGUCUUCGCUGCAAUGGGGCACGUAUCUUGCACCUCCAGUCACAUUGGCAUGGUCCGAAUCAUACGAAGCAGACUUUCUCGGUAUGGGAGCCGUGACAUGGAAGAAUGAUGCACAGAAAAUAGUCCAAGCAAUCGAACAACCAGACAACUGGACCGUGAGCGACCUGUCAAAGCUCAAUUACGGCGGCAAGAUCAUCCUCUACCAUGGAACAGCAGAUGGAUACAUCCCCACUCGGUCGUCUGAGUACCUGUUCAACCAGACAGGACAGAUGUUCUCCAAUUCCGACUCUUGGUUCCGCUACUUCGAGAUUCCAGGCAUGCAACACUGUACGCAAGACACAACAGGACUGAACCCUCCCACUGGCAAACCAGCACCCUACUACAUGGGCGGAGCAGGCCAAGCUCAAUCCAUCUACUCGACGUACGUGCCCGACUCUGUAGGGAUCAACACCACGCAGCACGACGGCCUGCGCGCGCUCGUGAAUUGGGUUGAGCAGGCGACUGCGCCGACGAGUCUGAUCACCACUGCAUGGGUAGAGAAUGAGGCGAAUUACCCAAUAUACAGACAGAGGCCUGUGUGUCCGUAUCCCAAGCUUCCGACUUGGAAUGGGAAUAAUGCUAAUUUGGCGACGAGUUGGACCUGCUGAUGAGAGGGAUUGGAAUGCGGGGUAAGCGCAGGUGACGGGCGCGAUGGUACGCUGUGGCGCAACGACGUGAUGAGAUGGCUGACGAGGUGAUGUGUAAGAAUUUGUGUAAGAUCAUGUGU